AUUAGAAUCGUUUUCAUUUUUUAAUAAUAUUUAACUCUAUCUAAAUAUAUCACAUUAUACAAUAUGAACACUAUUCGAUGUUCUUUGCAACGACUCUCAUUAAAUAAUAAAUCUUUUCUGAAUGAACUUGUUGGAACAUUACAUAGAUCUAUAGUGUCAUCUGGUAAACUUUUCACAUAUGAUAAAAAUAUGGAUUACCAAGAUGAUGAUGUAGAGGAAAAUGAGAACGAACAGAAACAAUUUAAGUGGUUAGAAUAUAAUAACAAAUUUUUUCCUAUACAAUCACCAGAUGAGGAGAGAAGACCAGCGUAUGUAUGUCAUAUGAAGGCAAAUGUAAAAUACAGUCCAAAGAAACUGUGGUAUAUUGCAUGUUUCGUCAGAGGAAUGACUGUAGAUGAAGCAAUUAAACAGUUAAGUUUUAUGCAUAAAAAAGGUGCAGUUAUUGUAAAAGAAACUAUUUUAGAAGCGCAGAAUUUAGCUGUACUUAAACAUAAUGUUGAAUUUAAAAGUAAUUUGUGGGUUGCUGAAUCUUUCUGUAAUAAGGGUCUUGUAUAUAAAGGAAUAAGACGUCAUGCUCGAGGACGUUUGGGAGAAGUACGUUACAUGUAUUCUAAUUACUUUGUACGCUUGGAAGAAGGAAAGCCACCUGAAAAUUAUUAUUUGCCAGUUCCUAAAACUGGUGAACAACACAUAGAAAAUUGGCUAAAACAAAUGCGAAUGCGUAAAAUACCAAAUUCCUUGUAAUUAUUUCUCAAUUUAUGUAAAUAAAUCAAUAUAUAUAUAUAUCUCA